AUGAACGUCUAUCCUUAUUAUUUUCAUGGUAAAGUUGUUAGUGGAUUUGGUCGAGGUGCCAAACAGCUCGGUUGUCCUACUGCGAACCUUGAUGAGGAGGCCGUCUCUAGGCUUCCACCUGACUUUCCUUGUGGUGUUUUUUAUGGUUUGGCGCAAGUGGACUGUGGGAGAAUCCAUGGAAUGAUUAUGAGUAUUGGAUGGAAUCCGCAGUUUCAAAACGAAAAGAAAACAAUAGAAGUCCAUAUUUUACACAGUUUUGAAGAAGGCUUUUAUGGUUCGGAUCUACAGGGAGUCGCUCUUGGCUAUUUGCGACCUAUGGCAUCAUUUGAUUCCUUAGGCUAG